AUGGCUGAGUCGCAGGACAAGACCGCGGUUGGUCAUGUUGAAGCUCCGGAGGAGCACAGACGUCUUACUUUGGGGACUUGCGCCCAGUACCUGAAGGAGAGACUACCCACACUGAAGCCGCCUAUGCGCAAGGCGCCCAAUCCCUUCAAGGCAUUGGCUCUCUUGAACAGACAGCAAUGGCUUUUCUUCUCGGUCGCUUUCUGGGGCUGGACCCUUGACGCAUUUGACUUCUUCACCGUCUCCCUGACCACCUCCGAGUUGGCCAAGGAAUUUGACAAGGAGAUCAGCGAUAUCACCUGGGGAAUCACUCUUGUACUCAUGCUCCGUAGCGUCGGUGCGAUAACCUUUGGAAUCGCUUCCGAUCGUUGGGGCCGAAAGUGGCCGUUUAUCGUGAACAACCUCCUCUUCAUUGCUCUUGAAAUCGGUACUGGUUUCACACAGACUUACCAGCAAUUCCUUGCUGUUCGUGCGCUCUUCGGUAUCGCCAUGGGUGGUCUAUAUGGUAAUGCCGCUGCGACAGCGCUUGAGGACUGUCCCAAGGAAGCGCGCGGUAUUAUAUCUGGAUUGCUCCAGCAGGGGUACGCCUUCGGAUACCUGCUGGCUACUGCAUUUGCGCGCGCGUUGGUUGGGACGACCUCGCACGGAUGGAGACCGUUUUACUGGUUUGCUGGUUGUCUGCCGGUGCUGGUGAUCAUCUUCCGCCUGUGCCUGCCCGAGACGAACGCGUACCGCGAGCGUCAAGCACUUCGUGCAGAGAUGCCCGGAAAUGUGACUUCUACUUUCCUCUCAGAGGGUAAAGUAGCCCUCAGGCGGCACUGGAUUAUCCUCAUCUACCUCGUCCUCCUCAUGGCCGGCUUCAACUUCAUGUCCCACGGCUCCCAAGACCUCUACCCGACAAUGCUCGAACGCCAAUUCCAGUUCUCCCGCAACGCCGUAACAGUCACUCAGGUCGUCGCCAACCUCGGCGCCCUAACCGGCGGAACCCUCUGCGGCUGGGCGUCUCAAAUCUUCGGCCGCCGCUUCUCCAUAAUCUUCAUCAGUGUCAUUGGCGGCGCCCUGCUCUACCCCUACACAUUCGUCACAAACGAGCGCGUCAUGGCCGCCGCCUUCUUCGAGCAAUUCUGCGUCCAGGGCGCCUGGGGAGUCAUCCCCAUCCACCUAAUGGAACUCGCCCCGGGCUCAAUCCGCACAUUCACCGUAGGCACGGCAUACCAACUGGGAAACCUCGUCUCGUCAGCGAGCUCAACAAUCGAGUCGACGAUCGGCGAGCGGUUCCCGCUUCCGCCGACGGAGGAGGGCCAGGCGAGGUAUGAGUAUGGGAAGGUGAUUUGCAUCUUCAUGGGCUGUGUCUUUGCGUAUACAAUUAUCGUUACGCUCUUAGGCCCCGAGAGGCUUGGGAGGGACUUUGAUGUUGCCCAUGAUGGCGAUGUUAGGGAGGUUGUGCAGGAGAGGCAUGGUGGGGACGCGAGUCAUCUUGAGAAGGGGACGACUACGCAUGCUCAGGUUUAG